AUGCCAGUCGUCUCUUCGGGCUCCCACGUAUUCGUUCAAUUUCCAGAAUGGAAUGCAGAGGGGGUUUUUGAUAAGUUGAAUGACAAAGAGACGGCGAAUAUGCAAGACCGCAUUUCAAAGCUCGUCCUCCUUCUCGCUACGCGCGAGCUGGCUCAGAAAACUCGGCAAGAAACCCAAGUUGUCAUCAACUCAGUUGCUCCUGGCUUGUGUCAUUCAAACCUUUGCCGCAAUGCGAGAGGUGAAGCUGCCAAGGCCAUUGAGGAUAGGAAAGCCAAGUAUGCAAGGACAACUGAGGAAGGUAGCAGGACGCUUGUGCAUGCUGUUACGGUUGGCUGGGAGGCCAACGGACGGUACCUGAAUGAUUGCGAAGUCCAGGACAAUGCAUUAUCGAACUUUGUGCGUAGUGAAGACGGACAAAAGGCACAGAAGAAGAUAUGGACCGAGCUGGAGGAAAGAUUGGAAGCCAUAGAGCCAGGAAUCAUUGGUCUAGUCUGA